AUUAACGGUGGAGCGACGGCAGAGACGGCGAGGCGCAGGCCACUCGCCUCCGAGACGCGAAGAUCAAAGGGAGCCACACGAACGCUCGGAGGUGCGGUGAAAAUGGCAAAGCACCACCGCAUACCGACGCUGGCGGAAAACAUCAACCGGUCGCCCCGGCUCAGCUACCUUGCCUCCCACUCCCAGUCGGCAUCCUUCAUGAGCGAGGGCGGCGAAAUUACGGAGCUGAUGUCGCUGGACGAGGCCGAGAACCUGCUGCACGAUCGGACCACCUCGGUGCAGGUGAUCAGCGGAAGUGGGGGCGCACUCUGUGGCAGCUAUGGUAGCUACGCUAGCGGCCCACUUGCCGGUCAGCUAACGCCGGGCGGACGGAUGCUGGUGGGUGGGAAUGUUGGUGCUGUGAAUGGUGGCACGGGUGCGGCGAUAAGUCCCGGCGUUGGAAGCUUUGGCGAUGGAAGCGAACGGUUGGAAGAGCUUGGGAUCGCGUUCAACGAGCAGCUGAUGUAUGGGCCGGUCGGUGGAAAGUUGCUAACCAACUCGCCCGCGGUAACGAUCGUCGAGAUGGCGGGUGGGGGCGGGCAUGCGGCGAUGAGGCAGAAAAACUUCAAGCGCAAGUCAACGGCCACGGCUGCGAUGGUGGCGUCCGGCGAACAGACGUCCUUGAAUGCUAUCGGGCUGCAGCUAUCGGUCGAUCGGGGCGGACCGCAGGAGUGGGGCGAAGCGACCCGCAGCUAUGUAAAAGCCCAGCGGCGACAUGCCGGACGGGCAACCUUCCAGGGCCAGGUGUACAACUUCCUCGAGCGUCCGGCCGGCUACAAGUGCUUUGUGUACCAUGUCUCUGUGUAA